CCAAAAAAGCACCAGGGCCUCAUGAGGACGCCAGAAGACGUGUGGCAGAGGCAAGCCCCAGACUCCCAAUUUCAAUAGGCGGAAAAAGUCAGCCGCCACUGCUGGGUCACCUCCCUGGCGACGACAGAUCCUGCUCUCAAAACCGUGGGAAGCCACCCUCAGCCACGUCACCACCAGUGCAGCCAACGUGGACCCCUGGUGCACAUACGGAGCACUUGGCAGGCUGCAGAGCCCUGCGCCAAAUUCUGGGGUGUCUUGCCUUAUUUAACCCUAAUGACGCUGAAGAAGGUAUUCAUCUUUUUAUAGACGAGGAAAUUGAGUCUAGCCACGCCCCAGGCCAGGAUUGGAAUCAAGAGCUGUCUGGACACCCAAGCUUUCUAGAAACUGCACCAACGUGCCUUUGAUAGACUUGCUCCGUGGAGCAGCUUUAAGGGGCUACAAGGGCAAAAAGCAACCAAGACUGCCCUCGGGGGAUGACGGUCUAAUCAGGAUGACCCGGCAGGCACAUUCAGCGGCAAAACUAGAUGGGAAGUGCGACGUGACACGGCUGUCCUUUGCAAGUGCAGAGGCUGGAGACAGGCCCUCCGGCUAGGUGCCCGGGCAGUGCUUCCUUGCAGGAGGUGGUAUUUCAGCACAGCCUUGGAGAACAGCUUGGCUCGUGGAGACAAGAGCGAGAAAGCCAUCCCCGGCGCAGAGCGCGGCUCGAGCAAAGGCCACAGGCGGGAACUGUCACGGCUCCCAUCUGUCGGGAGAUAUACUCUAUUGCUUGCUGGAUCCUGCGCCCGGUUACUACCGGCCAGGAAGUUUUCUCGCCCCCACAGCAACUGGAGAAAAAAAAAACACUCCUGGGGCAUCCUUCCCAGGAGUUGAUUCGUGGACAGUAAGCUCCCCAGAACUAGCCCAGAUCAGGAAGGCGCGGCCAGGAGAGGCGGGAGUCGGCGGUCCGGACCCCCGGGGGAGCGCAGCCUGGCCUGCAGCGCCCGGGGCUCCCGGACUCCGCAACACGUCCGCGUCUAUUUCUGGUAUCGCUGCUGCACCCUCUCCACGGGCCGCGGGGGCGUGGCCCACGGGAGCCCGAGCCAAUGGCGACGGAGGCCGGGGCGCGUGCCCCGCCCCCGACGUGACGCAGGGCCCUCGGACAGAGCCUUCGCGGCCCCGGCCCCAGUCUCUGCAGUGGCUGUAACAAAACCCAGACCCCCAGGUCCGGGCCAAUGGAGGCGAUUUAGACUGGAGCGGGACCGCGCCUGUCAAAAGUCCGACUCGGCAGCAGCGGCGGAGUCCAGGCGGAGAGCUGGAGCCGCCGCGCUGCCUCCCCGCCCCCGCCGGGAUUUAUUGAGUAUUUGGACUGGACAAUUAAGUGGCCCUGAUGAUGUUACCAAGCCCGGUCACCUCCACCCCUUUCUCAGUCAAAGACAUUUUGAAUCUGGAGCAGCAGCAGCACUUCCACGGCGCGCACUUGCAGGCUGACUUGGAGCACCACUUCCACGCGGCGCCCUGCAUGCUGGCCGCAGCCGACGGCGCGCAGUUUUCCGACGGAGGGGAGGAGGACGAGGAAGAAGAGGGCGAGAAACUGUCCUAUUUGAACUCUCUAGCCGCAGCCGACGGCCACGGGGAUUCGGGUCUCUGUCCCCAGAGCUAUGUCCACACAGUCCUGCGAGACUCGUGCAGCGGGCCCAAGGGACACGAAGAGGAGCCCGAGGUCGGGAGGGACCGGAGCCAAAAAAGCUGCCCACUGAAGAAGCCUCUGGAGGCGGCGGGAGACUGUGAGGCCGCGGAGGAGGGCGAGAGGCCGAAGCCGCGCAGCCGCCGGAAGCCGCGGGUCCUCUUCUCGCAAGCUCAGGUCUUCGAGCUGGAACGCAGGUUCAAGCAGCAGCGGUACCUGUCGGCGCCCGAGCGCGAGCACCUGGCCAGCAGCCUGAAGCUCACGUCCACGCAAGUGAAAAUCUGGUUCCAGAAUCGCAGGUACAAGUGCAAGAGACAGCGGCAGGACAAGUCCCUGGAGCUGGGCGCGCACGCGCCGCCGCCGCCACCGCGUCGUGUGGCGGUGCCGGUGCUGGUGCGGGACGGCAAGCCCUGCGUCACGCCCGGCGCGCAGGCCUACGGCGCGCCCUACGGCGUGGGCGCCGGUGCCUAUUCCUACAACAGCUUCCCCGCCUACGGCUACGGGAACUCGGCCGCCGCCGCCGCUGCUGCAGCCGCUGCCGCCGCCGCCGCGGCCUACAGCGGCAGCUACGGCUGUGCGUACCCGGCGGGCAGCGGCGGUGGCGGCGGCGGGGGCGGCGGGGCCUCGGCGGCGGCCACGGCUGUGCAGCCCGCCUGCAGCGCGGCCGGGGGCGGCCCCUUCGUGAACGUGAGCGGCCUGGGAGGCUUCGGCGGCGGCGGCGCACAGCCCUUGCACCAGGGUGCGGCCGCCGGGGCCGCGUGCGCGCAGGGCGCUUUACAGGGCAUACGGGCCUGGUAGGGACGGGGUGAGGCACGCGGCGGGCGCCCUUCCGCAGCUCGGCACCGCGGGGACUCAAGAGCGAGAAAGGCUGGACCCAAGGGCCAGGUCCCCUCGUUAAAAAAAAAUAAAUAAUAAUUUACCCGUCUUGCGCCCCUGGGCUCGGGUUGGCAGCCCACUCGAGGCCUGCGCAGCGGUCAGGGGCGAGGAGGAUGCCUGGGUCCGGUUGCAGGACUGUCUCUGAGGCGGACAAGCGGACUGGGAGCCCCGAGGGCGGCGGCCAGGGGAGUGCGGGAGGCCAAGACUGGCUAUGCGGGGUGCUCCCGCAGCGAGGGCGGCUUCUCUCGCUCUGCCCCGCCGCGGCCCUGCGAAGCGUCGGCAGGGAGCCCAAGGGAGAGCGGAGCAUGAAGGAGAGAGAAGGGGAGGUCGUGGCUGGAGAAAGCCCUGGCCCUACCCGUCCUCUGCAGCCGUUGCGGCCCGCAGCGCCAGCCACAGUCGGUUUUCGUUCUGCGUCCGCCUCCCUCCGCAGCGGGCACGUCCCGAUCAGAUUCCGGACGGUCGCGGGCGCAGGACCCUUCGCGGAAGACCAGCCGAGUGCGCUCGGAAGUCGGGCGGGGGGCGCUGAACAGCUCCGGGGCCGGCGCCCACGGGGGCGACCCGGUUCCUUUCUGUUUCGUAUCCUGUACCCAGCACGUAUUAUCUCUAUGUAACUGUAUCCACACGCCGUGUACACACCGCUGCCAUACACUACAGGAAUCAAUAAACAAGGUGCAAUAUGUCCAACCCGCUGGCCGGCUCUGGGCUUUGUUCUGGGGAGGGAGCUUUUGAGCGGCGGGAAGGGACGGGAAAGGUGCGGUCCCCGGCCUGGCCGCCCCCGAGCCCGGUCCGGGCUGCGGG